AUGUUUUGGUUGCAGAAGGCCUACAUGUCUCAGUUUCUUGAAAUCUUGCGGGUGUCACGAAGUAUUGUUCCUUUUAAUUUCAGGACAAUAUUUGGUUCAAGGUCAAGUAAUUCAGCAAACAAUGGAUCCACAUAUGUUAACUCAGUGGCAAGAAUAUAUGAUGUGUCUAAUAGUUCAAAUAGUUACAGAAAUUAUGCACUUAUAUCUUCCCAUAUUCCAGAAACAUCUUCCUCUUGGCUGCCACAAUCUUCAUCCAAAGAAGCUACAUAUUCUUCAAGUCCAACUCCAUCAAGACCUAAACCCCCAGCAUCUUCUUCUUACCGACCUCAAUCAUUAACAAGGGAUAUAACUUCUUCUAAACCAUCUCUACUCUCUCCUGCACCUACAAUUUCAUCAAAAUCAUCCCCCCAGGCGCCUAAACUCCCACUAUCUUCAAACCAAUCUCAACCAUUAAUACCAGAAAUACCUUCUUCUAAACCAUCCCCAGUGUCUCUUACAGCUCCAACUUCUUCAAUUAAACCAUCCCCUCAAGCACCUUCAACUUCUUCUAAACCAUCUCCAUUAUUCUCUGUAACUGCAGCAUCUUCUUCCAAACCUAAUCCUAAAGCACCUCCUUCUUCCUUGGGCCCUUCUGCAUCAUCAUCCAAGCCACCUCUGACUUUUAAGCCAACUCUAACUCCAGCUUCUGCAUACGUCAUCAAAAGCAGUCAAAAGCCACCUACUCCUGAAUUCCAAAAAUCCUAUUCUGAACCAUCUCCAUCACCCUCUGAGCCCCUUCCAUCUUUUAAGCCAACAGUGGCUCCAGCUUCCUCAAGUGUCACUAGUCAACAGACAAAAGCCAACCAUGUAUUAGUUCAAAAGGGUACAUCACCCAUUUAUAUGAUUCCCAAGGAUAUAAAAGAUUUGAUCAAGAAAGACAAGGUGCCUGGAGUUCUGAAAAAGCCAUUGUCUAUGUCAAAAUAUAAGGAUUAUUUUGCUGCUCUUCUUUAUGCUGAAGACUUCUAUAUUGAGAAAUGGAGUAAAUUUAAAUUGGAGAAUAUCACAUUAAAGUUGCAACAAGUAUCAAUCUUUAAACUGUCAUGCUUCACAGAGAAUCAUGAGAAGGAUAAUAAAACCUUUGUGACAUUUGAGAUUGACUCAUGUCGUGAGAGGCGGCCAUUUCUUUUAUCAAGGGACUUUGCCUUUGCAAGACCUUCAGGAAAUAAAACUGAGCCAUUUCAGGGUGUUCUCUAUCGAGUGGUGAGGAGCACAACUGUGCUAGUUGAAUUCAGUGAAGAUUUUUAUGCUCAGCAUCAUUCAUCUCGUAGAUAUGAUGUUAGCUUCUCAUUUAACAGAGUUUGUUUAAAAAGGGCUCAUCAAGCAGUUGAAGCCGCCUCAGAUCCUUUAUUUAAAAGUUACAUUUUCCCUGAUUGUGACUUCAAAAAGAGACUCCCUGCAUCAUCAACUACCUGUUGUAAUUAUAAACUUGAUGCAGCUCAAACAUCCAUGGUUCGUCAGAUCCUAGCCUUUCAGGGGCCACCACCUUAUCUCAUUGAGGGCCCACUCUGUGUAACUAAAGCAAAAAGGAAUGAAUGUAGACAACUGUCAAAAACUAGUUUGGUUAUCCAACAAGCAGUGCUUGAAAUUUAUAGAAGCUCUCAAUAGCACCGAGUUCUUAUAUGUGCACCUA